AUGAAUCUCCGGAAUAACAUCCAAGGAGAAAGAAACAGAAAUCCAGACACUCAGCCUGGAGGGGAGUUGCUGCUAGGAGGCACAGACCCCAAGUACUACACUGGAGAUUUCCACUACCUCAGCGUGACUCGCAAGGCCUACUGGCAGAUUCACAUGGACCAGUUGGGCGUUGGGGAUCAGCUCACCCUAUGCAAGGGCGGCUGUGAGGUCAUUGUUGACACCGGGACAUCACUGAUCACUGGUCCUUUGGAGGAAGUGACAGCCCUACAGAAAGCUAUUGGUGCCGUCCCAUUAAUCCAGGGACAGUAUAUGGUGCAGUGUGAUAAGGUCCCCACAUUGCCGGUUAUCAGCCUGACACUAGGAGGACAGGUUUACACCCUGACAGGAGAACAGUAUAUAAUGAAGGUAUCCCAGCGGGGCAGUACCAUCUGCCUCAGUGGCUUCAUGGGUCUUAACAUCCCUCCUCCAGCCGGACCCCUUUGGAUACUUGGAGACGUUUUCAUUGGCCAGUAUUACAGCGUUUUUGAUCGAGCUAAUGACUGUGUUGGAUUUGCUAAGGCUAAGUGAUAUCCCCGCUCACCAAGAAUAAUGAUAUGAGAGCAAUAGUUAACUCCUGCCAGACUACUGCAAUUAUUAACCUGUUCCACUGACUACAGAGCCCUCACGCGCGGGUCCUGCCAGCCACCAGGUUUUUAGGUUUUAUUGAUCACCCUUACGCACAAAAUCUGCUUGAUUAACCCUGAGGGCAAGGCACUGCUCUGAUACUUGUGUUGUGUAGGAAUCAUAGGAAGUCUUAGCCAACGAGCUAUUGCUCAGUCAAGUGCUUCCUGCACUGAAAUAUUUAACCCCUACCUUCCAAAAAGUCUCAGAUCAAUGCAUCCUAGCUGCUCCGGCAGAGAAGGACCU